AUGGACUCUAACUUCUUCCUUGUCCUUCUUAGCGGUAUCGUCUUGGUCUUCAUAUGCCUAACUCUGUUCCUUCUGAUAGCCAUGAUUGUCUUCGGACAGCCUCCCGACCGCCACCAAUGGACAGGGAAAAUGGCUGCUAUAGCGCAGGUAGUUCACCUUGGUUUUGCCAUUUCCCUGGUGUUACUGCUCAAACUGAGUUAUCCGUCACACAUCAUGAUCAAGCUCUUGCAGUCGGAUAUUCUCCUUGACUCUGUGGUGACCACCAUUCAAUCAGCUCUAUUUUACGUGGGAAUGGCGAAAUUGGAGCUCGUGAAAAGGCGCUGGUUUCAAGCUCUGGCCGCUGGAACUUGGGUGCUUGUCAAGAUUUCGUUCGCAAUAGCAUCGUUUGCCAAGACAGAGAAAUACUUUAUCGGCUGUGUGGUCUUUGACUAUCCUGCAAUCGCCUAUUGGUACUGCCGUGAGCUGCCCCAGACAAAACAGGCCUUAAGCAUUUUGUUUCCUCUCAUAUUGCGUGGUGCUGGAGAAAUUACAGCUCCUGCCAAUUGA